AUGGACACCAACAUGGAAGACGCUGGGCGCCCAGCCGAAGUCUCCCCCGUCCUCGCGAACCUGGAGCCAACCACCAUACCUACUCUCGAUGGAUGGAUCGAGAGCCUGAUGAGCUGCAAGCAGCUGGCCGAGACGGAUGUCCAGAGGCUCUGCGAAAAGGCACGCGAAGUCCUACAGGAGGAGUCCAAUGUUCAACCAGUCAAAUGCCCCGUCACAGUCUGUGGUGAUAUCCACGGCCAAUUUCACGACUUGAUGGAACUCUUCAAGAUUGGCGGCCCUAACCCUGACACCAACUACCUCUUCAUGGGCGACUAUGUCGAUCGAGGCUACUACUCCGUCGAGACCGUGACUCUUCUCGUCGCGCUCAAGAUCCGCUACCCGCAACGCAUCACCAUUCUCCGCGGCAACCACGAGUCGCGUCAGAUCACCCAGGUCUACGGCUUUUACGACGAGUGCCUCCGAAAGUAUGGCAAUGCCAACGUGUGGAAGUUCUUCACCGACCUCUUCGACUACCUUCCCCUCACUGCCCUCAUCGACAACCAGAUCUUCUGCCUUCACGGCGGUCUCUCCCCGAGUAUUGAUACUCUCGAUAACAUCAGAGCCCUUGACAGGAUUCAGGAGGUUCCCCACGAGGGGCCCAUGUGCGACCUCCUGUGGUCUGACCCCGAUGACCGCUGCGGAUGGGGAAUCUCUCCCCGUGGUGCGGGCUACACAUUCGGCCAGGACAUUUCCGAAGCUUUCAACCACAACAACGGCCUGACGCUCAUCGCACGUGCGCAUCAGCUUGUUAUGGAGGGCUAUAAUUGGUCGCAAGACCGGAAUGUUGUCACCAUUUUCUCUGCACCCAACUACUGCUACCGUUGCGGUAAUCAGGCGGCGAUUAUGGAAAUCGAUGAGCACCUCAAAUACACCUUCCUGCAAUUCGACCCAUGCCCUCGUGCUGGGGAGCCCAUGGUGUCUAGACGCACGCCUGAUUACUUCCUUUGA